AUGAACCUCCUGCUGAUUCUUCUGGAUAACACCCCGCCGCCGGUACUGCUGUUGGCGCUGGCGCCGACCCAGCAGCAGAUGAACGUCACCAUCCAUACGAGAAACGGAUCGAGAAAUGGUCGCCACGACUCCCUUCCGGCAGCAGACUCUGAGUACUUGACCCGCUUUGAAGCCAACGCCAACGCCUUGACCACGCUAGACGAGGCCUUGGUCUACUCGCUGAGAGAACAUACGCUUCUUGACGAAAGACGCCGGUUGCAGGCGCUCUUGAAGAGGACCGGUGAUUACAAGAAUGGCUACGCCAACCGCAUGACCACCGAGGCGUUGCUUGUUGGGCCCGAUACUCCCGAGGUGCCUUCGUCAGCGUAUGGAUCCACCAGGGUGGGCACUAACGAAGAGGCUAGGGUCGCCAGACAAAAGGCGUUGGAGACCAACGCAGCACGGUUUUCGAGUGUGGUGACGCCGGAGCCCGAAUUGAAGGAGCAGCCGAAAAAGAAGCGUGCCAGCGACGACACGCUGCUGGAAAAGCGCCGAAAGCUCGACGACGAUAGACCCAAGGGCCGUGAAUCCAAGGAGAACGGCCGCCAGCGGAUCAGACAGUCAAUGAAGGACGAUCCCGACAAAACGCCGUCCCAGGGCCCCGACGACGACAGACUGCUGCCACAAAAGUCCAAGGAGCUCAAGCUGGUGACGAAACAGUACGACAAUACGUUUGUGGCCAUCUGGAAGGACUUGUCGAGGAAAGACGGACCCAAGGUGCUGCGGUUGAUGCAGCAGCUGAACCAGGCCAAACUCAUCAAUCUCAAGAAAACAGCCAUCUUGGCCGCCCGUGAGGCCAAGCGUUGGCAGCUCAAGAACAACAAGAACCAGAAGGACUUGACGUCGAAGGCCAGGAGAGCCAUGCGUGAGAUGUUCAACUUCUGGAAGCGCAACGACCGUUUGGAGAGAGACCGCCGGAAGAAGGAGGAGAAGGAGUUGGUCGACAAGGCCAAGAAGGAGGAAGAGGAGCGUGAGGCCAAGCGCCAGUCCCGUAAGUUGGACUUCUUGAUCACCCAGACCGAGUUGUACUCGCACUUUAUUGGCAAGAAGAUCAAGACUGACGAGAUAGAGGGCACUGAUGCUGACCCCAACUUGCAUAAGGACGAGAACCAGAGAGACUGGGACAAGUACCACGGCGUCAAGGGCGAGACUGCUGACUUCCGUCUGCUUGACUUCGACCAGGAUGACGAGGAUGCAUUGCACAGAGCUGCUGCUGCAAAUGCCCAAAGCGCCUUGGACGUGGCCAAACUGCGUGCCCAGGCUUUCGACGACGACGAGUUCCGUAACCCUGACACCAAUGGCGAGGAAAUGAACUUCCAGAACCCUACCUUGAUUGGUGACAUGAGCAUCACCCAGCCUGACAUGUUGAAGUGCACCUUGAAGGAGUACCAGGUCAAGGGUCUCAACUGGUUGGCCAACUUGUACGAGCAGGGUAUCAACGGUAUUUUGGCUGACGAGAUGGGUCUUGGUAAGACAGUGCAGAGUAUCUCGGUGCUUGCUUAUCUUGCUGAAACUCACAACAUCUGGGGUCCCUACCUUGUGGUGACACCAGCCUCCACAUUGCACAACUGGCAACAGGAAAUCACCAAGUUUGUGCCUGGCUUCAAGGUGUUGCCAUACUGGGGCAGUGCCAAGGACCGUAAGGUCUUGAGAAAGUUCUGGGACAGAAAGAGCGUGCGUUACGAUAAGGAUGCUCCUUUCCACGUUCUUGUGACAUCCUACCAAUUGGUUGUUGCUGAUGCGCCCUACUUCCAGAAAAUGAAGUGGCAGUACAUGAUUUUGGAUGAGGCCCAGGCCAUCAAGUCCUCUUCAUCCUCGAGAUGGAAGUCGUUGUUGAGUUUCUCCUGUCGUAACCGUUUGCUUUUGACCGGUACGCCUAUCCAAAACUCCAUGCAAGAGCUUUGGGCCUUAUUACAUUUCAUCAUGCCGUCGUUGUUCGACUCCCACGAUGAGUUCAGCGACUGGUUCUCCAAAGAUAUCGAGAGCCACGCCCAAUCCAAUACCCAGCUUAACGAACAACAGCUCAAGCGUUUGCACGUUAUUCUCAAACCUUUCAUGUUGAGACGUGUGAAGAAGAAUGUUCAAAGCGAGUUAGGUGACAAGGUCGAGAUUGACCUUUUCUGUGACUUGACCAACAGACAACAGAAAUACUACCAGAUGUUGAAGUCACAGAUUUCUAUCAUGGACUUGCUUGACGCUUCCAACAGCAACGACGAAAGCACGCAGUCGUUGAUGAACUUGGUCAUGCAGUUUAGAAAAGUUUGCAACCACCCUGAUCUUUUUGAGAGAGCCGACGUGAAGUCGAGCUUCUCUUUUGGGUCUUUCGCCGAAACAUCUUCCUUCCUUCGUGAGACCGAUUUGGAAUUAGCAUACACAUCUCGAAACUUGAUCAACUACGAUCUUCCAAAGCUCGUUUACCAAGAGAUGCUUUCACCAAACGAAAAGAACGAUCUUGGUUCGAAGCGCAAGAUCUACGAAAUGUUCAAUAUCUACAGCCCCAAUAACGUUAAGGACGACGAGUUGGAUAACUUCAGCUUUUUGAAGUUUACCGACACUUCACCUCAGGAGUUUUACCAAAUGAACAAGGAGGAUGUUAUCGGAAGAGCCAUUUCGAGGUCAAGCUAUAACGAUGACAACUACGAAAAGACGAACAGGUUCAGUUAUGCAUAUGACGAAGAUGGGUACAUUCCCACAAACAGAAAACUUCUUAUCAGAGAACAAAAUGAUAAGCUCUGUGACAUCAGCAAUUCCGUUCACCUCAAGGACCUUUAUUCAGUCAAGAAAAAAGUGUAUGAGGAUAUGUACAUCAAUGUUCUCGAGCCAGCUGCCGAUCCAAUCGCCGCUGCAGUGCCCGUUGAAUUGAAUUGCAGCAACAUGUCAUUUAGUCACAGAAAGUCGGACAUUUUGUUCGACAAGAAGAUCCGCUCUAGUCUUAACCCAAUGUCACUCAACGACGAGCUUGAACUAAUUAAGAAGAAGGUGCCUGUUCCAGAAUACCCUAAAUCCAACAUGUUACCUGAACCGGUGAACAAGUUCAUCGACUACUCCAACAUUCGCAUGCCUUCAAUGAAUAGAUUCAUUACCGAGUCUGGUAAGUUGUCUAUGCUUGACAAUUUGCUUGACAAUCUCAAAAAUAACGACCACAGAGUGUUAAUCUAUUUCCAAAUGACCAAAAUGAUGGACCUUAUGGAGGAAUACUUGACGUUUAGACAGCACAACUACAUUAGAUUAGAUGGAUCGUCUAAAUUGGAAGACAGAAGAGACUUGGUGCACGACUGGCAGACUAAGCCCGAGAUUUUUGUCUUUUUGCUUUCUACCAGAGCAGGUGGUUUGGGUAUCAACUUGACUGCUGCAGACACUGUCGUGUUCUACGACUCUGACUGGAAUCCUACAAUCGACUCUCAGGCCAUGGACAGAGCACAUAGACUUGGUCAAACGAAGCAGGUGACGGUUUAUAGACUUUUGACCAAGAACACUAUCGAAGAGAGAAUGAGAGACCGUGCCAAACAAAAAGAGCAAGUGCAACAGGUUGUCAUGGAAGGAAAGGCUUCGGUUGGUAAGAAGAAGGAAGAUGCUGCCAACAAGAAGAAGGACGUUGCAUUCCUUCUCUUGGGUGACGAUGACAAUUCUAACGACACGCCGACUUCCAAUUCCACCGCUGGAGGUACAAGUUCGAAUACUGGCGAUUCAACACCUUCAGUGGAACCCAUGAGUAAAACCCUCGAGGCCAUGUAUCACGAGGGAGAGGGCCUGUUCUCGGGAACGAUCACACCACAAACACAGGUGUAA